UCCUCCUGCAGUCCCUCUAUUUCACUCUGAGUGUGUGUGUGUGUUGGUUGGAGGAGGGAGGAGGUUCAGACGGGGGAGGUCGCCUUUCCGAGCAGAUAUGGAGGCUCCGCAGUUGAAAGAAAAACUCUUCUAACAAAUGGAAACUUUACUUGUUGCUUUCCUUACCGAAGAGGACGUCCUCUCUUCUUCUUUCCACUUCAUGCUUCAAUUGUUCUUCUGGUUCUUUGCUCUAGUUUGGAGGAGGCGCUACCUGUGAAUGAAAAGGAAUGCUUUUUUGGGGGCUGAAAAGGAUAGCAACCAGUGAAAUACAUUGUCCAGAUCUGCUGUGUGAGUUGCUGUAAAGUUGAAGAGCAUGUGCUUUCCAGUUUUACUGGAAGUUACAUCAGUACCUUCACUGUUGAUAUGAAGAGUUUGGCUUUUACCACUUUUCAUAUGUUUUACUCUUCUGUUUUUUUAAAAACCGCAGUCAUUCUGCUUCAGAAGUUGCCGUUAGAGUGGACUUGAGUGUUUUUUCUUUUCCCGGAGAGUCUCUCCCCCCUCUUAUCUCUCCAUUCCUACCUCCCUCAUCUUUCUGUCCCUCUCUCUUUUGUGUACUCUGGAGAAGGAGGAGCUCAGGACCAAAGGGAAGAGGACUAGGCAGUGAUGUUUCAAUGUGCAUCCAGUACAAGCAGUGCCACGGAAAUUGACUCAGUUGACUCUGCCCUCUCCAUGGAAGCACUGUGAACCAAUCAGAACCCUGCUGCCAGCUAGCUAUGGACUGCACAGCUGCUAUUUUGAAACCAUGUGCCUGCUCUAGAACCAAGUGGUGUCGGCAUGAGCGGUCCUCCAACCACCGUCGCCCAUGGAGGCUGCUGCAUGGCUGCAGUUGUGGCAGAGGUGUCAUGGAAGCAGAUGUCGUCAACCACGCCUCCUCCCUCCUGCGGCGUUUGCUGUUAUAUGUUUGCUGUUGUCUGUCCAGUGAGGACAGCCCUGAGCUGCGACGAAAUUGGGUGGCUCCUCCCAUCAAUGGAGCACAGAGGGGAGGAAGAAGAGAGGAGGAAGGUGAGGACGAGGAGUUGGGACCUCCUCCCUCAGUGGACGAGGCGGCUGACGCUCUGAUGACCAGGUUGGGCUUCCUGCUGGGGGACAAGAUAAUCAGUGGAGAGCCCGGGUCCCCUUACCAUGCCCAGGACGAUGCACAGAGGAUCUCUCCUUCCUCCAGUCUGGCCAGUAGCAGCACCUCCCCCUGCUCCACACUGCAGCCCCCUGCUGGAGGAGAAGGCAACAGCGACAACAAGCAGGUCUCCUCUAACAAUGCCUCUGUCACCUCCCCCACAUCAACACUGGAAAGCAGAGACAGUGGCAUCAUAGCCACGCUGACCAGCUAUUCUGCAGAGUCAGCAGCAGAGCAGGACAACAGCACCAAAUACCCGGGAGAUGGUUACCAUGGGAGCAGCCUCCACCUCUGGCCGGCAGGUGGCCGGCCGGUGGUGGUCUCCACCUCCUCGUCCUGUAUGGUGGCAGUGGGAAGCGUUAACGACCGCUUUCUAUACAGGGCGGACAACAACAUUGCCGCCUCCACUUACAGCCUCAACAAACUCCACCCAGACCGAGGCUCUGUCGCUGCACGGUCUUUGGGCUCCACCCACUCCAUACCUGUCUACCUCAUGCCCCGCCCCAAUUCAGUUGCUGCCACUAGUUCUGCCCACCUUGAGGAUCUGGCGUAUCUGGAUGAGCAGCAGAGACACAUCCCUUCAAGGACAUCCCUCAGAAUGCCCAGACAGAAUUCUGGGAGUCGUAGUCAACAGGACCACAGAGUUCGUUUUACUCCCUCUCUCAGCCUGAAGCCCCUGCACUUUGAGGUUCCCGGUCUCUCAUCUGAUUGGCUGUUCACUGGCAGGGAGUGGCUCUUUCAGGAAGUACAUGCCUGUCUCUGCAGCGAUGACCCGUCAACCAGUCGGGGCGUGGUGAUCUUCGGCAACAUGGGCUUCGGCAAAACAGCCAUCAUUGCCCGACUGGUGGCGCUCAGUUGUCAUGGAAACCGAAUGUGGCCUACCGCUGCUCGGAGCCAGAGCACUCCAAAGCAUGUAGCACCUGUUUCUCUCUCCAACGAUUCCCUGGGAAGAGGAGGAGGAAGAGGAGAUGAAGGAGGAGGAGGAAGCUGUCCAGGAACUCCAGAGAUGAAGAGGAGACAGGAGGAAGCCCUGAGGAAACUUGCAGGACAGGUAGUCUCAUAUCAUUUCUGUCAGGCUGACAACAGUUACACUUGUCUGGUUCCGGAGUUCGUCCACAACAUGGCGGCAAUGCUAAGUCAUGCACCUCAACUGCUGGCAUAUCAGGAGCUACUGCACCGGUCGCCGCAGCUACAGAGCACGCUCAGUCUGCGCUCCUGCAUCCAGGAUCCAAGUUCUGCCCUCCAGAGAGGAAUACUGGAACCGCUCGAAGCUCUCUACAGAGAGAGGAAGUUGCACGUGGAAGGGGCGGGGCUUAUUGUAUUGAUUGAUGGGUUAAAUGAGGCAGAAUUCCACCGGCCAGACUACGGCAACACACUGACUUCCUUCCUGUCCCAAAACGUCCCAAAAUUUCCUCCCUGGUUGAAGAUCAUCACCACUGUCAGGACCAGUCAACAGGACAUCACUUGUUCUCUACCUUUUCAUCGCAUCUCUCUGGACAAGAUGGAGGAGAGCAAUGCUAUAGACCAAGACCUGCAGGGUUACCUGAUGCAGCGUAUCCACAGCAGCAGCGAGAUCCAGAGCAACGUGUCGCUGAGUAAUGGCCGUUUUGACAACGCGGCACUCACCAAACUGAUCAGCCACCUUAAGAGCCUGAGCAAAGGCUCAUACCUCUACUUGAAACUGACACUGGACCUGAUAGAGGGAGGAUACCUGGUCCUGAAGAGCUCCAGCUUCAAAGUGGUUCCUGUCAGUCUAGCAGAGGUCUACCUGCUGCAGCUCAACAUGCGGUUUCCCACCCAAUCGUCUUUUCAGAGAGUUCUGCCAUUGCUUAACAUUACUGUGGCAUCACUGCACCCACUGACCGACCAGCAGCUGUUUGAGGUAGUGAAUGCUGCCGCUCUGACUGGAGGAACGCUGCAGUGGGACGAGUUUUCGCAGCGGCUGGAGCAGCUCUCGUCGUUUCUCCUGAGGCAGAGCGACGGAAGCUGGAUGCUGAACCACGCCUCCUUUAGAGAGUGGCUGGUUUGGAGGGAGGAGGGGCAGGACGACAGGUUCCUCUGUGACCCCAGGAGUGGUCACACUCUCUUGGCCUUCUGGCUCUGCAGACAAGAAGGGAAGUUGAAUCGACAGCAAACGCUGGAGCUGGGACAUCACAUCCUGAAGGCUCAUAUCUACAAGGGUCUGAGUAAGAAGCUUGGGAUUUCCUCCUCAGUUCUGCAGGGGCUGUGGCUGUCCUACAGCACAGACAACCUGAGCCCUACUCUGUCAUCUCUUCGCAACCUCUACACCCCUAACAUCAAGGUCAGCCGGUUGCUGAUCAUGGGUGGAGCUGAUGUGGAUUACCAUAGUGGCGUCCUUAACAACGCCCCUCUAGUGUGUGUACACUCCCAUCUGGGCCACAAGGAUGCCGUGGCACUGCUGCUCGAUCAUGGAGCUCAGGUGGAUUCUCAGUCACAUGAUGGUUUGACUGCACUGGGAUUUGCUGCUGCUGCUGGACAUAUGGACAUUGUCAUCAUGCUGAGUCAGCACAGAGCUAAGGUGGGUCAUGUGGACAGCUCAGGUCAGUGUGUGUUGGUGCACGCUGCUCAGCGAGGCCACCUCAAGGUGCUGGACUUCCUGUUGAAGCAUGCGGACUGGAGCUGCACUUCCUGCUGUGGCCAGCGGGGAGCAAGCAAGAGCCAUGCAGUGCAGCAAGCUCUGAUUGCAGCAGCCAGCAUGGGCCACACAGAGAUGGUGUCAUAUCUACUAGAUCUUCCAGAGGAAGAUGAGGAAGAGGAGGAGAGACCUGAGAUUAACACACCUGACACUCUGUGGGGAGAAACAGCUCUAACAGCAGCAGCAGGAAGUGGCAGGCUGCCUGUGUGCAGGCUGUUGUUGGAUCAGGGUGCUGCUGCUGAGCAAGGCAACAGGCGAGGUGUGGCUCCGCUCUUCAGUGCCGUGAGAUAUGGCCACUGGAAGGUGGUGGAGUUGCUACUGAAUCAUGGGGUGGAUGUGAACAUGAUUGACCAACAGGGUCGAACAGCUCUAAUGACGGCAGCCUCCGAGGGACAUAUGCCCUCCGCACAGCUGCUGCUUGAACAUGGAGCCUCUCUGGACCAGGCCGACAGGGAGGGGUUAACAGCGCUGAGCUGGGCAUGUCUCAAAGGCCAGAUCCCCUUGGUCAGAGAGCUGGUGGAGAGAGGUGCAGCCACAACUCAUGCUGACCGCAGUGGACGAACACCUCUGGAUCUCGCCGCCUUCCGUGGUGACCCAGAAGUGGUGCAGUACCUGGUGGAUCAUGGCGCGUUGGUGGAACACGUGGAUUGCAGUGGGAUGCGUCCUCUUGACCGAGCGGUCGGCUGCAGAAACACUUCGGCUGUCAUCGCUCUGCUCAAAAAGGGAGCCAAGAUAGGACCAGCAACCUGGGCCAUGGCAACAUCUAAACCGGACAUCCUAAUGGUUCUGCUCACUAAACUGAUUCAGGAAGGAGACAAACUGUACAAGCAAGGUAAAGUGCGAGAAGCUGCUCAGUCCUAUCAGUCAGCACUUCAGAAGUUUCCAGGAGACGAGCUGAAGACAUUCAGACAGCUGAGAGUGUGUGUGCUGCUCAACCUGUCACGGUGCCGCCGUAAGAUGAAUGAUUUUGACCUUGCUGAGGAGUUUGCUACCAAAGCACUAGAACUAAAAGCUCAAUCCUACGAGGCCUUUUAUGCCAGAGCCCGGGCCAAACGCAGCCGCAGACAAUUUCAUGCAGCCCUGGAGGACCUAAUUGAGGCCAGCCAUCUGUGUCCAUCUAAUCGGGAGAUCCAGCGUUUGCUGUCCCGGGUCAAGGAAGAGUGUCGGCAGGAUUCUCAACAACAAGAGUCUCCCCGUCCUUCAUCACAUCAUGCUUAUCAACAUAAUGUGUCCAUCAACGAGGCCAGGUGCAGAGAUUCAGGUUGUCUGCAGGUGCAUGACAAGGAGGGGCUUACAGAGGAAGAGGAGGAAGAAGAGAAGGAAGACGAGAGGUGUGACAGGGAAGGAGAUCCCCCUCCACACUCCUCCUUCCACCCUACACCUGUGGUUCAAAGUAUUGACACUCACUGCCGGCCUGCGAUGUCAUCACCCUGCUCCCUCUCCCCUACUCACCUGUAUCAUCACCUCCCAAGUCCCAUUCACUCUCCUUCUUCCUCUUCAGCCUGUCAUUCUGCUCCUCCUCCUCCUUUAUCCUCCUUUCACAAUUUCAGUCCUCCUUCCUCCCCAAUACAGCAUCAAGCCAGCCCAAUGUCAGAAAGUAUCACUGCAUUGUCAGGGAUUGGUGUGCACCACUAUCCACAGUCCUACUUAGCGCUCCACCACUCAGACCAGAAACAGGGAGUGCAGCAAUACCACUUUUUGUCUGAUCAGAGAUCACUUCAGAAGCAGAACCCUGCACAAAGCCAAUGGCUUCAACCAGCCAAAGCCCAGGUUGUUAGAACCAGUCAGCCUAGUUCUUCAUCCCACUCCAGCAUGGUUUUGGGAAGUUCAGCUUACUCACAGUUUGCCUAUCUGCCCCAAGAAUUGGAUGAACUGGGAGACGGAAUUUGCUCCAGUCUCCUAAAUGUCAGGCCUAGCCUGCAGGUCCAGGCUGGUCUGAAUUCUGUAGCUUCAUAUCCACUUGAUGAUGUAGAUGUUGGCUUGACUUGCCAGUUGAGACCUGCAUCUGGCUUUGGGAGAGGAGCAGGAGGGGAAAUGGUGGGGAACAACCGGUUCGCCCAGGCCCGUCAGUUCAGCCGCAACCAAUCCAAAGCAGCUUCCUACCCCAUGGAAGUUACAGAGGCAACAAUGGGACCGCCUGAAAGCCUUCCAUCAUUGCAUGAUUAUCAGUACCAUGAUCAGGGUGGCCUGCGACGUCCACUUAGCACCCAUCCAACCUCAUCCACUGUCUCCUCCACCAGGCCUCUCAACCAGAGUGUCAGUAUCUGUUUCCCCACCACCAGCAGCAGCUUCGCUGGUGGGCAGCCAGCUAAUCAUGGAUCAGGCUUCAGGACCUCGGCCUCCACACAGCACAUGGAUUUACCUUCAGAUCUUGCCUCUGUUGGAGGGGUUACUGGUUAUCAUGAUGAUCUCUUUCUGAUCUCUCCCCAGUCAGAAAUAUGUAUGACAGGAGGUGGGACUUAUCCUGGGGAGGGAGGUCGGUCAUCAAGGAGCACUCCUUUUAUGGGCGUUGUUGACAAGACAGUGAGGGUGCAGCAGCAGUAUCAGCAACAAGCUCCUUCUAAUUCGUCAUCCUGUCUCAGCCCCUCUCGCUCCUGGGCUGUGUCUUCAGUGGACACAGUGGUUACCCCACCUGGUAAAACCCCGCCCAACCAAGGAGGCUUCAGUCAACCACAGCCCUCCUCCAUUGCCUACCACAACCGUGGCAACAACAAUGCCCACAAUGGUCACAACCACCUCGACUACUAUGAGGUGCUGCCAAGUAGUGGUACCCAGGGUGAGGGCUCGAUGCAGGUUGCUAGUCACAAUCCCUCUUACCUGGACGUGAAGCUGGCCCGAACACUGCCAGUGAUUCAUAGCUGCUCAGACAGACCAACUGAGAGAAAGACAGGACCUACCUCUCCUGUCAAACCAAAAAGACCCUUUGUUGAGUCCAAUGUAUAGAGAAAAGUUUAAAUGUUAUGUCAGACACAAGGGAGGAGGGUCAACCAACAUUCCAAGAUUCACAGAAGAUAUGGAAUAUGUAAGGUUGGGCUAUGCUUGACACUAAUUAAGAAGUUGGGUGUGUUUUUCAUAUGUGUUGUUGGUACUGAAUUAAGAGGGAAUACAAUAAUAGUUGUGGGCUAUACACACCCAGGUCCACUGCUGCAAGAAGUAUGUAUACUUGUCAGAUUGUUUCAGAAAGAUGAGCACUUCAUGUGAAGCAUAAUAAGUUAAACAUAUAAGUACAACAUGUCAAGCAUUUCUUCUUCUGUUCGGCUUAUUGGCAGGUGGUUAACAUACAAACCUGAUCUGUCGCAUUGUUAACCAGUCAAAGACAAGACCAAGUACAAAGGGAGAGAGGAAAACAUCAAAGUUCGAAGAAAAUUUACUUUUGUUCUGAACUGACAUAACAAAGCACAAUGAGGAAAAGCAAGAUUAUGGAAAUUGUAAACACAAAAAAGACACUGAAAAAAUUCCUCAUUCUUUCCCUGGUUAUCUCUGGCUAACUUAUGUCCCUGGAAGUCCAUAUUACACUGCUCUGGAGUUUCUCUGCCAAGUUCAUGUAUGAAACCCCAGGUGGUUACGGUCAGACAGGAGAGACACAAAAGCGCCACUUUGCUAUUGACGCCAUUAAUGAAGAUUUGCAUUUCAAGUUUGAAGCGCUUAAAUGACACAAUGACUGGAAACCUGGACACAUCCAUGCUCUAGAACUUGUGCCAGGCAGAUGCUGGUCAGUGACCCCGACCUAAGCCAUAGUUUGAGAAACUAAGAUUAUGCUGUCAUUGUAUGAGCACUGACUUACUGUUUAUAAAACAAAAGUAAGUGAUAUUUAUCUGUUUUAAGUUAUGUCUGCGUUAACCUAUAUGAAUAGUGUUUCAAUUUGGAGUUGUUGUUUUAUCUUUUGGAGUAAUUUUCACUCAGAACAAAGAAAAGUUUUCCAGGAGACAAAAAAAAACAAUAACAACAUUAAAGUGCAGUUUUGUUCAGUUCUGGGUUAAGAACUCUUCUUGCUUGAGUACGAUGGCAUUAAUUUACAAAGACGAACCUGAAACAAUGCCUUUAAGAAUUUUGGAUGUUAAUACUUCAUGUAGGAUUUUUUUAUUUUUGUUUUUAUCAUGAAGGUUUUUUGUAUCCUGUGGUCACAUCAUUCCCAAACUGAUUUACCAGGGCCUUGAUGCCCAUUGCCAUGGAAACAGUGCUUACGAGUCCCAUGAGGUGCCAAAUGGCUCCUACUACUCUCAGUAAUUCCUUGAACAGUGAUUGUCCAGUCAUAGCUCAUCUAACUUGGCAAAACAUGUCCUAUCUAUGUCUGGAUUUCUCUUCACACAUUGAAACAGGUGCGAAUGGAGCUGUAGUAAAAUCAAUCCUCUACAUUUAAAGUCUUGUGAUGUCUCUUUGUUUUAGCCUUUUAAAAAACAAAAACACGAGCAAAAAAGCAAGGAAUGGCUUGAUGUGCAAUGCAUUUAUCUGCUGUAGUGUUAGCUGUAAUACAAGGACUCAUAGAGUCUAGUAAAGCUAAAAGUGAACAUAUUGCUUGGAACAAUUAAAAGCUAUGAACUAAGCAGCAGAUCUAAGCAUAACAGGGUUAUGUUAGAAUCAAAUAACUGAUCUUACUUUGUAUUCUCAUCAUACUUAGAUUAACUAGUUCUAUACUGCCAUACAAAAACAAUGCUAUUGCAUUUUAAUGCCUCUACGCCGGCGACAGCCCGUGACCAGUGGCCUUGAGGGAAUUUCUUCAAAUUUGAUACAAACAUUCACUUUGUCUCAAGGAUGAGCUGAUUAGCUUUCGGUGGUCAAAGGUCAAGGUGGCCUCACAAAGCACAUUUUUAGGCUUGUAUUGUUAUAUCUCUGGAUCACCUUGAGGGAAUCCUUUCAUAUUUGGCGCAAACCUUCACUUGGACUCAAAGAUUUACUGAUUUGAUUUUGGUUUCCAAUGGUCAAGUUCACAGGUCAUGUUUAUGAAUUUCUCAAAUGGGAUAUCUGAAGAUCAGCUUGAGAACAUUUCUUCAAAUUUGGCACAAUAUUUCACUUGGACUCAUGGAUAAACUGAUUACAUUUUGGUCAAAGGUCACUGUGGCCUCGAAAAACAUGUUUUUGGCCUCUUGAAUGGAUUGAAAGAUGAACUAAUUAGAUGUCAGAAGUCAAAGGUCACUUUAUCAUGUAUGUAGCCAUCAGGUGCAUUUUAAGUCCCAUAUACAUCAUUCAAAUUCCAAAACAAUUCCCAAAAAUCCAACACAUACAGCAUUUUCUGCCAAUGUUGUCAUAUUUUCAGCUACACAUUUCACAUCGUUUAAUUAACAAUUGAUGACAAAAACUAGGAAGCCUGCAUUAGGUUACCUUUGUCUAAAAUCAAGAAACCAUUGUUUCAAAAAUGAUUUCAAGACAACUGAUUGAUUAUCUGCUGUGAGAGAAUGGAAAGCUUUAUAGGUGUAGAAACAGUAACAAGAGGAAGAAGUGAACAGUCAAUCAGCGCUAGUUUUCAAGAGGGUAUGACCGCUAAAUUAUAUUUAGAAAAUGGGACUAAACUUUGACGUUUUUAUGUAUUUUCUGCACACGAAUGCCUGUUUUUUUCGUAAAUUGAAUUUUACGUUUCUAAUGAAUCAGCAAUUCUCUGUCAGUGUUGCUAGUGCCGAUGUAACCUAUGACCUCUAACCUCUCUGUCUGUCUCUAUGACCACUGCCCUUUUCUCUUUUUCUGCUCAGGAGUCUCCAGCUAUGAGAUGUUUUAAUACUUAAUCGUGCUGGUUCACAAGGCAUUUUUACAGUCUGGCUGCUGGACAACGUAUAAUUGUAAUUCUGGACAGUUAGAUUAAUGAAGGAUUAUUAGCAAGUUGAUUGGAAGUCCAAGACUAUCAUCAGUGUUGCUUGAAAUCCUUGACGAGCCACUUGGCAGAUGUGUAGUCUGUCAUUAAAACAGUGUGUUGUGCUUUAUAUGUAGGAUUUCACCCCCAACUUAAGGGGUCUCAAGCCCCAAGUUUCAAACACUAUGUUGGAACAGAGCAGGGUCAGUGGUCCCUGUUUACAUGUGUGCUUUGUCACUGUGUGUAAGGUCAUAUUUUAAACCCAGGACUGUUACAUCACCAUGUAAAUAAAUAUUAAGCAUUUAAAAUGUGUUUUUAAUCGGUUCAUGUGAAAAGAUUGACUCCUAGAAUUACAGAGGAAUAAUGCUGAAUGAAAGGCAGAUGUGUAAUUGUAUCUCUUGGGGGAUGAAAGGGGGAAUAAUUGAGCUUGACUUGAAUGUUACAUGUGGUUACCCCAGAUACAUUCACAUUUCACUAUGCUCAGCAUAUAAAUAUGUCUUUAUAUGUAUGCUCUACAUUAGAUUAAUGAAUUUUUUAUAUGGAUAUUAAAAAGCACACCACAUUUGUUAAUGUCAACCCUUGAACCUGCUCAUUGAUGCUUUCUCUGUUUUAUGCAUUUUCAUGAAAUAUGUAGGUUUUGUCACCACCAUGCAGUGGCCCACUGGUUAGUAUCUAGUUUGUCAUGAUAUGUCUUUACGAUUUUUUUUUUUUGUUUAAUUACAUUCACUCAUACAUCUGCAUUUGCUAACGUAGCUCUUUUUGCCUUGUGCCAUAUUUAGUGAAAUCCACUGAAUUCAACUUGGGUUAAUUUUGUAGAUUUCUUUUAAGGUUUUGAAAUUGAACUGAAUAUAUUUCUCAAUGUCAACCAUUAAGCAACAUUAAGGUAACUAUUUUAUAAUUGAACACAUCACUAGCACAGUCAUGACAUGGAACAGAGUUAGAAUGAGGGCCAGACAAGAGGACACUGAUUAAUAAUGAAGAGUUUCUAUUCAGCAUGAGUGACAUGUCUGUCUGACCAAUUUAGUGUUAUUUGUUCAAUACCCCCACGUUAACAGACAGGAACAGGAGUGUGCUUUAUUGUUGAGUUUUGUAAAUAGUUCACCUUGUGUUCCAAUUGUUCUAUGUUCCUCAAAAGGCUUUGUAAAUAGUUCUGUUUGAUGUAAAGUUCUUUCAGGGUAAGUUUCCUUUUAGUGGUUAGUUUGACUUUGUAAAUAGUUUGUCUGUAACACCUGUUGGUGUAGUGGUGCACCAGGGACAUUAAAACAUUGCUUCUAAUGUGA